UAUUUCACAAAAAAACCAAAAAAAUAUGGGCGAGAGAGAUCAAGUGAAACUAUUGGGAGUAUGGUACAGUCCCUACGCCAUAAGACCAAAAAUCGCUCUUCGUCUCAAAUCGGUCUAUUAUGAUUACUUUGAAGAAGAUUUGUUCGGAUCCAAGAGUGAGCUUCUUCUCAAAUCGAACCCGAUUCAUAAGAAAGUCCCGGUUCUCAUCCACAAUAAUAAACCGGUUUCCGAGUCUCUCAACAUUGUUGAGUAUAUCGAUGAGACCUGGAACUCAUCUGGACCAUCCAUUCUUCCUUCACAUCCUCAUAAUCGCGCUCUAGCUCGCUUCUGGUCUGCGUACGUUGAUAACAAGUGGUUUCCGGCUUUGAGAGCAGCGGCAACCACAAAAUCGGAAGACGGGAAAAAGAUAAGCAUGGAAGAAGUGGAAGAAGGGUUGUUGCAUCUCGAGGAAGCAUUUAUUGCUCUAAGCCAAGGGAAACCAUUUUUUGGCGGUGAAACCAUCGGUUUCAUGGACAUUUGCCUCGGAAGCUUUUUGGUUGUCUUGAAAGCUAGAGAGCAGCUUAAAGGAGAAAAACUUUUAAACGAAUCAAACAUUCCUUCUCUUUGUAGAUGGGCCAAAGAGUUCUUGUCUGAUGAAACGGUGAAGAAUGUGGUACCGGAUAUCGAUAAAGUCGCAGAGUUUCUAGGCGAGCUUGAGGCUAAAGCUGAAUCCGCGUCUUCCAGAUCUUGAGAUCAUCGUGAAAAGGAAUUUUGUUAGAAAUGGACUUUUAAAAAUGUCAAAUGACUUAUAACUUUUUUAAAAUUACUUAUUUUAAACGGCUGGAGUAAUCUUAUAUAUAAAAGUUGCUCAACUU